AUGACGCUCUUUAUUCUUACCGAAACCAGCGCAGGCUACGCCCUGUUGAAAGCCAAGGACAAGAAACUCCUCAAGCGUGAUGAUAUCGCUACCGAGGCUGCUACUCCCGAAGGGAUUUCGAACUUAUUGAAGUUGAAAAACUUCCAGAAAUUCGACAGUGCUGCCACUGCCCUUGAGGAAGUGACUGCUAUUAUUGAAGGAAAGGUCACCCCCCGUCUCGCGAGCCUUCUGGACGAGAUCAAGGAUGAGAAAAAGGUGUCUCUUGCUGUCGCCGACCCUAAGCUUGGCAAUGCUAUCGGAAAGCUUCCCGGCCUUGACAUUCAGCCCAUUGCGGACUCUUCUACUGCCGAUAUUUACCGCGCUAUCCGUGAACACAUUCCUACUCUGAUCCCUGGUCUGGUCCCUGAGGAUUUGUCGGCCAUGGCCCUCGGUCUUUCGCACUCUCUGGCUCGUCACAAGCUCAAGUUCUCCCCUGAUAAGAUCGAUACCAUGAUUGUUCAGGCCAUUGCCCUUCUGGAUGAUCUGGACAAGGAGUUAAACACAUACGCCAUGCGCGUCAAGGAAUGGUAUGGCUGGCACUUCCCUGAGAUGGCUAAGAUCAUCAACGACAACAUCGCAUACGCCCGCGUGGUCUUGAAGAUGGGAAUGCGAACGGAUUUCGAAGCCACCGACCUUAGCGAGAUUCUCCCCGAGGAAAUCGAGGGCGCAGUGAAGAAUGCUGCCGAUCGGUCAAUGGGUACAGAGAUUAGCCCCGAGGAUUUGGACAACAUCCAAGCUUUGGCUGAGCAGGUUGUUGGCUUCGCCGAAUACCGCCAACAGCUGUCGAGCUACUUGACGGCUCGUAUGACUGCCAUCGCCCCCAACCUCACGGUGCUUGUUGGCGAGCUUGUUGGCGCUAGGUUGAUUGCCCACGCUGGAAGCUUGAUGAACCUUUCCAAGAGCCCGGCUUCCACGAUUCAAAUUUUGGGUGCUGAGAAGGCUCUCUUCCGAGCUCUCAAGACCAAGCACGACACACCCAAGUACGGUCUCAUCUACCACGCUUCCUUGAUUGGACAGGCGACUGGUAAGAACAAGGGUAAGAUGGCUCGAAUUCUGGCCGCCAAGGCUUCUCUUGGUCUUCGUGUGGAUGCCCUCGCCGAGUGGGAAGACGAUGUCACCGAAGAAGACAAGGCCGCUCUGGGCACUGAAGCCAGAUUCAACCUUGAACGCAAGCUAGCUGCCAUGGAAGGAAAGCCGUUGAAACCCCGCGGGGUUAACAUUGCCCCCAACGGCCAGCCCCAGAAGUUUGAAAUCAACGAGGCUCGGAAAUACAACGCCGACGCUGACGGUUUGACGGGCAACGAAGAACCAGCUGCGCAAAAGAAGUCCAAGAAAGACAAGAAGUCGAUCCAAGAGCCCGAGUCUGACGAUGGCUCUGACUCUGACGAAGAAAUGGACGAUGCCGAAGAGGAGUCCAGCGAAGAAGAAACCAAGAAAUCGUCCAAGAAAGACAAGAAGGGCGGCAAGACUGAUUUGGAAAAACUGGCUGCGAAGGCUGGCCUCAGUGUCAAGAGAUACCAACGCAAGCUCGAACGGGGCGAGAUCUCGUUUGACGCCGAUGGAAACCCAACUGCUAUCAGCAAGAAAGACCUGAAAAAGGCCAAGAAAGAAGCCAAGAAAGCCGCCAAGGACGAGAGCAAGAAGCGAAAGAGGGACCGAGAUGAGGGUGACGACAAGUCCGAGAAAAAGAAGAAGAAGAAGAGCAAGGAGUAG